AUAAUCGUCUUCCUUAUAAUUAUGGUAGGCUACGUAAAAUAAAACCAAAGGAUACUAUUUUUUAGGUAGAUUGUAUACAUGCAAUGUAAAAAGAAGUAAUCAUUCGUGUCUGAUAUAUUUAAAAAGUUCUUUAAACAAAUAAUUAUUGUUGAUAGAAUUGAUUUUAAAUCUAUAAAGCUACUGUAUAUUCAGCUUUGUCGUUUAUAACUUAAAAAUUGAAGAAGAUUAGACAUAAUAAUUUAUGGAGCCAAGGCUAAAGAUUGAAUUUUAAAAUAACACUAUUUCAGUUUUCUCAUUUUAAAUUACAAAACUAUUAACGGGGAAUGUGAUGUUAUUCUUAAAAGGAAGUGUUCAUUGUUUAUUCCGAGGGUUGGUACUGAAGAGAAAUGGAUUGGAACCAAUCUUGUCCCCAGAGCCGUUUUGGACUUUAUAGGGGGUGUUGGGUCUGGAGGCGAGAGGGAGAAGAGGAAAGACCUUGGGAUCGGCCGUUCAAAAUACCCACAUUUCUAAUGCGUCGUGCGUUGAUGUGGGCGAUUUUGUUUUGCUUUUCGAAAGCAACAAUCUCGUUAUCAAAGAAAAAGAUUUUCAUCGGAGCUUUGGUGUAUUCGUACGGUGAUGAUGCGCAAGGCUUUAAAACGGCAAUGGAGCAUGCGACAGAGAUUAUAAACAAUCGAAGUGAUAUUCUAAAGGAUUAUGAAAUCGUUGUGAAAUACACGAAUACAUUCAGCUCCCCAAUAUACACUGUAUUAGGAGUGUUUGGUUUUUUGCAAUGGCCGAAGAAUGAGUCGAUCCAGGUUAUGAUCGGACCAGCGUGGUCGAAGAACGCUGGGCCAGCUGCUAUCGCAAGCGCAAGCUGGAACGUUUUGCAGAUAUCUUACGGAGCUACAAGUGUCGAGCUACAUAAUGAUGAGUAUUACCACACCUUGUUCACUAAUGUUCCAUCGACGUCAUUUUUCAACUAUGCUCGUCUAGCUGUUCUGAAGUAUUUCGGAUGGAAGAGAGUUGCGAUAUUACAGGAAUAUGAUGAUAAACUGUACUCUUCGGCUGUUGAAAACUUUCAAAGCGUAAUUGAGUCGUUUUCAGCGAACGUUUCAAUAAUCACACUCCAAGGAUAUCAAAAAGGCUUAGCAGAUCAUCCGAAAAAGGAACUUCAGAGGUUACAGAAACUUGAUGCUCGGAUUAUAAUCGGAGAAUUUUCAAUUGAUCGUGCUGCUGAGGUUUUCUGUGAGGCUUACAAACUUGGAAUGUACGGUCCAAAAUAUGUAUGGAUUUUGGCUGCUACCUCAACGGGAGCAUGGAUAUUCACCAACGACGUCGACACAUUUUCAAAGCAUCAUAUGAAUAUUGAUUGUAAUAUCAGCCAGGUAGCCAAAGCUGCAGAAGGCUUUAUUACUAUUUCCCAAGUCGAUAUUAGACAAGAUGACAACGUCACAGUUUCUGGACUGACUUCCAGAGAAUAUUUGGCUGAAGUGCAAAGAAGAAACAAAAAAGCGCAACCGUACACCAGUUAUGCGUUCGACAGUAUCUGGGCUGCAGCACUGAUGUUAAACGAGACAUCAAACACGACUCGUCCGGAAGAUCUCGUGUUAGGAGACGACAAAUUCUUUUACGAAUAUAAAGAUUUGUUGCAGAAACAAGAAUUUGAAGGCCUCUCAGGUCCUCAUAAAUUUUAUAAGCGUGAAAGAAUUGGAACUGUUGUGAUCAGACAAAUGAGAUUGACUGAGAAUGAUAUUGCUUAUCUUGAACAAGUUGGAAGUCACGAUUCUUAUACCAAUGAAUUAAGCAUGAAUGAGAAUGAAGUGAGAAAAAUGUGGAAGGACGGCAAAGUUCCAGUUGAUGAAACAAGAAAAGAACGCAAGGUUUUGAUAUAUUCCCUGGCACAGUUGAUCUUAAUCGGUGUUUUUGCGGUUCUUGGCUUGAUUUAUUCGUUGGGAUUACUCUAUUUUAAUAUCGAGAAAAGAAAUCACAAGGUGAUUCGAAUGUCAUCUCCGAUGAUCAACAAUGUCGUUCUUCUUGGCUGCUUCUUUUGCUAUGUUUUUGUUUUCUUGUUGGGAAUUGAUUCGAGAUUUGUCGAUGAACAUGUUCUGGGAAUUUUAUGCAACGUGCGUCUCUAUGUUUUGGCAAUCGCGUUUUCCAUGGCGUUUGGGGCUUUGUUCAGUAAAACAUGGCGCGUGCACAAAAUAUUUACCGCUCAACGGGCGAUUAAGAGAAAGAUGAUGCAAGAUUUUCAUCUCAUUUUGUUUGUUCUGGUUCUUGUUCUGGUUGAUGUUGUAUUCGUAACACUUUGGAUUAUUUUCGAUCCAUUGAAAUCUGAGGACAUCAUUUUUGAUAUGGAACAGUCAAACGAUUUGAUCACAAUCCCGGUUUUGAAAAUCUGUGAUUGCACCCACAAAACUAAACUGCUUGGCGCUUUGUAUGGAUACAAAGGAAUCUUGUUGCUGUUUGGCGUGUUUCUCGCGUGGGAGACGCGCAAUGUAACGAUUCCUGCACUAAACGACUCCAAGUACAUCGGAAUGUCAGUUUACAAUGUUGUCAUAUUGUCAGCUAUCGGUGCAACAGUGUCCAUGGUUUUGAAGAGGACAGCUUAUUAUGAAUUACUUCACGUACUGGUAUCUGUCGUCGUUUUGCUUUCCACAACAGUCACUCUGACGAUGGUGUUUUUGCCGAAGGUGCAGGAGUUUUAUACAACGCCACCUGAGCCUCAAGAACGUGUUCGAACUAUGGAAACGUUAAAUAUAAGUAUGAAGACCACCACAACCACAGAAGAUGUUUAUGAAGCUUAUGUUAAGCCGAAAGAUGUCAAACAUAAGUGUAUACAAACAGAAGAUUUUAAUCCAGCAACUACAGAAGACGCAUUAUAUAAAGACAUAAAAACAGGGAUCAAUGAAGGCUUCAGUGUGGAUAAGGAGGGUGACAAGGUGCUAGAAGAAAAACUGCAGAAGUAUAAAGAGUACAAAGUUGGAUCAUUGGGGCAUUUUGAAUUUCAGGAUGAUAAAGACUGGUAUUAGUAAGGUAUAUAUUCACUAGCUAGUAUAGCUUGUUUUAGUACGAUUAUUUAUAUUUGGAAAACCUGUUAGUCUUGUUGAUCAGGGAAAUACACAUAGCCGUAUUAUAGCAAGAUCCUGAAAAACAUAAGCGUCAUUUGAAGAUGGGCUUUGAAGAUAAAUUAUAUAAAAAUUAUCGAAAUAGUA